AUGUCCAGUGGAUGGAAUACCAUAGAAUCAGAUGCGGUGAUGGAGAAAUUACAAGUUAAAAAUGUUCAAUUUGAAGAAUUAUAUUCAUUUGACCAGGAAACUUUAAGUUCUAUAGCUCCUUUAUAUGGUGUGAUUUUCCUUUUUAAAUAUGGUCAAUCAAGUCAUGGUUCUGAAUUAAAAGAUGGGGUUUAUGAUUUUGAUAAUCAAGAUUCAAUCUUCUUUGCAAAACAAACUAUUCAAAAUGCAUGUGCUACACAGGCUGUAUUAAACGUGUUAUUAAACCGUAAUGAUAUUGACUUAGGACCUGAAUUAACAAAUUUUAAAGAAUUCGUGGGGAGUUUUGAUCCUGAUUUAAAAGGUGAAACUAUAUCAAAUUCUGAUUUAAUUAGAUCUAUACAUAAUUCAUUUUCAAGUCCAAAUUCAUUCAUUGAUGAAUCUCAACAAGAUCAACCUCAAGAUGAUGAUGAUGAUGGAUUAUAUCAUUUUGUUGGAUAUGUUAGAUCUUCAAAUGGUCAUUUAUUAGAAUUGGAUGGUUUACAACCUGCUCCUAUAGAUCAUGGAUUAUGUGAAACAGAUGAUGAAUUUAUUUCCAAAUUACCAACAGUGCUUUCCAAGAGAAUUUCACAUUUUAAAGAUGGUGAAUUAAGAUUUUCUCUUUUGGGGAUAGUUCAAGAUAGAAGGAAAACUUUAAAAGAAAUUGGCGAUGAAGAAGGUCUUGAAAGAGAAAUUCUCAAAAGACAAUUAUGGAAACGUGAAAAUGAAUUAAGAAAACAAGAUUUUGCAGGAUUAGUCUAUAAUGUAUUAACUUCAAUCUCAAAGGGGAAAUCUGAUGAUGAAUGGAAUGAAAUUUUGAAUAAAGCUAGGACUAAAGGUGUCUCAAGAAUUUUAGCUAAACAAUUGAGAAGAUAA